AUGUCUGGAGAAUUCUAUUUGCGUUAUUACAUAGGACACAAAGGCAAGUUUGGGCAUGAAUUUUUGGAGUUUGAAUUCCGUCCUGAUGGUAAACUACGGUAUGCGAACAAUUCUAACUACAAAAACGACACAAUGAUCCGUAAAGAAGUGUAUGUUCACCAACCAGUAAUUGAUGAGCUCAAACGUAUCGUAUCCGAUUCUGAGAUUAUGCAUGAAGACGAUGCUCUGUGGCCACCACCCGAUAGAGUUGGCAGACAAGAGUUGGAGAUUGUCAUUGAUGAUGAACAUAUAUCAUUUACCACUUCCAAAACUGGUUCAUUAUUAGAUGUAAACACAUCCAAAGAUCCAGAAGGGCUCAGAACAUUUUACUAUCUAGUUCAAGAUCUAAAAUGUUUUGUAUUUUCAUUGAUAUCAUUGCAUUUCAAGAUCAAGCCAAUUUCAUAA